AUGAAAAUCAAGUACAUUGAGACAGAACGCUACAAACUAGAGAGACAUGCUAAUAAAGCGCUGUUCGGCCUCUAUCGGAAUCCCUUUACUCACCCUCCUUGCGUUAGAUCUGCGGUUGAAUCGACGACAAAUACGAAUAAGAUCUAUUGGGCUGAUUGUAUGAUUGCUCUGAAAGAGGUUGCUCUUCCUUACGAGAUCGAUCCGCAUACGCUUGAGACUUUGUGUUAUGAUCCGUUUGGUGAUCAGAUCCAGUCGAAGACUUUCACGGCCCAUCCGAAGGUUGAUCCAUACACCGAUGAACUUGUCGUCUCUGGUUACGAGGCGAAGGGUCUCGCGACCAAAGACAUCGUGAUCUACGCCCUUGAUAAAGAUGGAAUGCAGCACGACGAGCGUCUUGAGCGUUUGAAGGCUGGAAAGCACCACUGGACAUGGAAUUAUGACUUGCCAGCGACGUUCGUCAUUGUGCCAAGAAGGAAUACGUCGCAGCCGUCGGGCUGGAAAGAAGGGGAGUAUAGGACGUAUUCCUGGAAGAAUUGCAUGACCAUCCACACUGGGGGAGCAUGGGAGGGCCAGAAUGGAAAAUUGUAUCUCGAAUCUUCACGUGUCCACGAUUACGCAUUCCCUUUCUUUCCCACGGAUGGUGGGAAAAAGCCAUCGCCAGACGCCAAGGCAGACUUCGUGCGCUGGGAAUUCGAUUUGAAUCUUCCCGAUGGAAGUAAAAUUCCAGAUCCCCUGGUUAUUCUCGAUACACCCUCGGAGUUCCCUCGAAUGGACGAGCGGUUCAUGACAAAGGAAUACGACUUCAUUUUCUUGAAUGGUUUCAUCCCUGACCGUCACCGCACUAAAGAAACGCACUGGUAUCAUGCCGGAGAUGAUUCCUUGGUGCAAGAACCGGUAUUCAUUCCUCGUUCCGCCGAUGCUCCUGAAGGUGAUGGUUGGGUUCUUGCGAUGGUCGAACAGCGUGCUGCCAAUAGCUGUCGUCUUGUUGUUCUCGACACGAAGGAAUUUGAGAAACCGAUCGCAUUUGUUCAGCUUCCUUUGCAUGUAAAGGCGCAAGUGCAUGGCAACUGGGUUAGUGGGUCUCUUCUUUCUACGGAGAAAAGUCUGGUGCGGACUUUCCAUUCACCUACAAUCAGCAACCGCGGAUCUUUGGUCUCGGCUUAG